CCGUUAUCAAGCGUAUCAGCAGAUAAGUGGCUGCCGAACCGAUGGCGCGCAAAGUUGGGAAAGGAUCCAAGAAACCGCGCUCAACUGCAAAGCGGGAGGCACAAAAGUCUCGCACUGUGCGCAUGCUGCCUAAGGCAAAGCGAGACUACAUUAUAGAUGAUCGACCUUCACAGCGCAAGAAAGGUAUUUGCCUCACUGGUUUGCGCACUUGCAACGUCGCAUUGACAAAGGCCAAAUAUGAAAACGUCCCUGGCACACGAGUCCAGGCUGCUCCAGGCGGCCGGCACGUCAGGGUGAUCAUUCAGGAUGGCAAAACCUUUGACCCUGGCAAUGUUUCUGGAGCCAGGCGGCAUCUAAAGAAGCUUGCUGACGAAGCGGCUGAGCUCGCACGAAUUCAUGGGGGCGAGGCAAGACAUGCUUUAGCGAAAGCAGCUGGAGAAACUGCGGUCAAAGCGAACAGCGUUCAAAGGUGUUCGUCGGCCAAACAGAAAAGUCGAAAGCGGCCAAAAAAGGUACGCAAAGGCAGCGGAGGAUUACAAAGCGAGGGCCAUUGAUUUGAAGAUGUAGCCAGAGCAAAAGGGACAUUUGGUGUCUCCAAAGCGGAGGUGUCUCCAAAGCCGAGAUCAAUACCUACUAGCGAUGGCCUCCAAGCUAGAAGCGAAAAAAGUGAAGUUAAAGCACAGCGGAAUGAAGGUGUCUCCAAAGCCGAGAUCAAUUCAUUUGCAUUUGCCGAUCAGCCUUUGUCAUGUCUGCGACAAAAGUCCAAGGUGCUUCAUGACAUCCUCAACUCAUCGGGCUUAGUAGUUGUUGGACGCGUGAUCUCAGGUAGCUCCGCCGCCAGCUCCAG